GAGCGUGUCUGGUCAUCGGUCAGUAGUAGUAUCGGUUGCCGGCCACAGCCGGUUGGUGUGCAAUACGUUUGCCGAAUGACUUGAACGCAACGCAUGAUCACGGAUAUUUUAUUUUAAAUUUAUAACACCCUGUUUACUUUUAAUUUAUUAAAAUGAAGCAUUCUCUUAUAUUAGUACUUCGUUUUUUAUUAGCCUUAUCUUACACGGUAGCUUUUCAGAAAUACGCGUAUAGAGAAGAAACUACCGACGACGCUGUGAUAUUGGAAGCGAUUCCACUAGAAAAAGUUCCGAAAAUAGUUAGUCAAAAUGUACAAACCAAAAGUAAUGUCGCUCAAUACAGAUCAAAAAGACAAAGUCAGUGGCCAUUAGCAUCUGGUCCUUGUCUAACUGGUAGAGGUUCCCUUGGAAAAUGCGUGAGUCUUCGAUCAUGCUAUCCUUACAUUAAGUUACCUAAUAUGCCUUACUGGGAAACUUCAGUUAUUGGAAUGUAUGAUACAUGUACAUACAUAGAUCAAAAUCAUAAACAGAAUUUUGGAGUUUGUUGUACACAUCCUGGAGCAUUAAGACCUGCGUUUCCACCAAAUUAUUAUAAUGAAGAUAUGCUUUAUCCAUUUUGGGGAGUCCCGCCUAACUGGCCUCCUUCAUUUCCACAACAACCACCACCACAAUCUCCAAUAUCUCCACCAGUUACGAAUUGGCCAUCCCAACCACCUCUUCAAAUAGAACCCGAAGAAGUUCCAAAUACUAACCCAGCUCCUUCUCCACCAUCAAACAAUCAACCCAAUACUACCAAUACUAACAAUAUAAGUGGAAAUGAAUCAUAUGAAUGCGGAUUAAAACAUAUACUUGGUGAUGAUCAAGAUCAAGAAAGAAUCGUAGGUGGACAAAAUGCUGACCCCGGAGAAUGGCCGUGGAUUGCUGCUAUUUUUAACUCGGGAAGGCAUUUUUGUGGAGGAUCUUUAAUUGAUGACAGCCAUAUAUUAACGGCCGCACAUUGUGUCGCAUAUAUGAAUUCUUGGGAUGUUGCUAGACUCACUGCUCAUCUUGGUGAUUACAACAUUAAAAGUAAAUCAGAAAUAAAACAUUUAGAAAGAAAAAUUAAAAGAGUAGUUCGACAUAAAGGAUUUGAUCAAAGAACAUUAUACAAUGAUAUUGCAAUUCUUACAUUAGACAAACCAGUAAAAUUUUCUAAAGAAGUUCAUCCAAUAUGCUUACCACAAAGUAAAUCAUCUUAUAUUGGCAAACAAGCAACAGUAAUUGGCUGGGGUAGUUUAAAAGAAAGUGGACCACAACCAGCUAUUUUACAAGAAGUUAAUGUACCAGUUUGGACGAAUCAAGAAUGCAGGCAAAGAUAUGGAGAAGCUGCUCCUGGUGGAAUUGUCGAACACUUUUUAUGUGCAGGAAAAGCGACUAAAGAUUCUUGCAGCGGUGAUAGUGGUGGUCCUUUAAUGCUUAAUGAUCAAAAAUGGACUCAAGUUGGUAUUGUUAGUUGGGGAAUAGGCUGUGGUAAAGGUCAAUAUCCAGGAGUAUAUACACGAGUAACGAAUUUUAUGCCAUGGAUAAGGAAGAAUUUGAAAAAUUAAACUUAUUAAGAAUUAACCAGUCGAACAUGUCGAUAAAUUAUAAUGUAAAUAAGAUACAAUAUUUAUAAAUCUAAAUUUAUUUUAAUAGUUUAUAUGUAUGAGUCAUACUGUGUGCCAAGUGUAUUGUUAAAACUUAACCUUGUUCUCGUGUAAAUUAUUAAGUAUCGCGUAACUGUAAAAAUCCGUUUUCUGAAUCUAAAAUUACCAUAUCUCCUAAAAUUCAAUACAAUUUAAUGCCAAUGCAUUUUUGGCUCUAA